AUGGCGAAAGAAACCGGGCCUAUCUACACGCCACCGCCCGACCUUGUGACCAACCUUGACCGCUUCCGCGACUACGUCAACCGCAAACACAACCUCAAGUUCACUAAGUACGAAGAGCUCCAUCGCUUCUCCGUUACCCGUCUGAACGACUUCUGGUUGGCAGUAUGGGACUUUUGCAACAUCAAAUCCGAGAACGGGCCCGGCAAAGCCAUCGACGACAACGCUAAGAUCGACCAGUUUCCCAAGUUCUUCGUUGAUGCCAGAAUCAACUAUGCCGAGAAUGCACUACAGGGCGACGAUGAUCGGUUGGCGAUCAUUGACAUGAACGAGACCAACAUCGAGCAGCCCACGAGGUACUCUUGGAAGCAGCUGCGACAUCUCGUUGCCCAAUAUGCAGGAAUACUGCGCCGACAGGGCGUCAGCAAGGGCGAUGUUGUUGUUCUUGUCGGAGGUAACUCGGCGAGGAGCUUGAGUAUCUUGCUUGCUGCUGCGUCUAUCGGGGCUGUCUUUGCUAGCUUUGCUACUGACAUAGGCGAGAAAGCACUUGCUGACAGGGUUGGACAGCUCAAGCCGAAGCUUCUGUUUGCGGAACUGGUAUAUCGCUAUAACGGGAAGCUGAACGAUAUCACUAGUAAAAUCGAACAUGCUCUGAAUGCCAUCGACGGAGCGAAGCCACAAGUCAUCGUCCUGGAACAGGCCACAACGCAGAAUCCGAGCUGGACCCCCAUCAAUUCCGUCCUGGGUAGUGAAACAGACGCAGACCUCAUCUUCGAACGUGUUCCCUUCAACACACCACUCAUAGUAAUGUUCUCUUCCGGCACGACGGGCGUUCCGAAAGGCAUAGUCCAUUCCCAAGGUGGUCUAAUGAUCAACGGAGUCAAAGAGCAUAAGAUCCAUAACAAUUUCGGAAGUGAUGACAUCCAUUAUCACUACAGUGGUACUGGAUGGACGCUAUGGAACAUCUCUAUGGGAGCGCUUUUUUGCCGGAGUGCCAUGUUGCUCUAUGAUGGCUCGCCCUUCCACCCUAACCCAGACACGUUUCUACGCGCGGUGUUCAAGCAGGGUGUGACCGGCUAUGGUGGAUCUCCUCGUUACUUCAGUGAGCUGCAAAAACUAGGCAUCAAGCCGAAAGAGUAUGCCCUACCACCCAACGGAAAAAUGCACACCAUCCACUCAACCGGCGCACUACUCACACCAGGCACCGCGCGCUACUUAGCCGAAGCAUUCGGACCCGUAUGCCAGAUCGGCUUCUCAGGCGGCACCGAGCUCUGUGGCAAUUUCAUGACCGGAACGCGCUCCCUACCAUGCUACGCCGGCGAAAUCGCAGUCAAGGAGCUGGGCAUGGAUGUCGACGCAUUCGAUCCCUCCACGGGAAAGCCUGUGGAGGACGGUACAGCAGGUGAGCUUGUUUGCAAGAAGCCAUUCCCCAACAUGCCUGUUUGCUUCUGGAAUGACCCGGAGUUCAACAGGUAUCAUAAGUCGUACUUCCAGGGGUUUCCAGGGGUCUGGACUCACGGCGAUCUGAUAAGAGUCAAUCCGGAGACUAAGGGCAUAUAUGUACUGGGAAGGAGCGAUGGAGUGCUCAACCCUUCUGGGCAACGUCAGACGGCUAAGUACUCGGAUGCUGCUGAGCGCGUAAUCCUGUUCCUGAAAGUUGCCGACGGCCAUAGCUCUGGGACGCUCCUCCCCCGGUCUGAGCUGCGAGAAAAGAUCAAGGCUGCAAUCAUCAAAGAUCUCAGCAGGCGGCAUGUACCACAUUUCAUGUUUGAGGUUUCUCAGAUUCCCCAUAAUGCCAAUGGCAAGAAACAAGAGAUCCAGGUCAAGCAAAUAUGUAACCGCGGACAAACGGCACUAGACGGCAUGACUUUGCCCGAUGCUGAGAGGGAUAUGUUGAAGGAGUUUGUCAAGUUUCACGAUGUCGAGAAGGUCGUAACAGAGGACAGCGGACGUCUGAGUGCCAAGUUGUGA